AUAACCACUUGCAUAGCGUCCGUCUUUCCAUUACAAGAAAGAACAAGAAAACUAUAACCAGAGAGAAAAAGAGGGUUUCAAAAAUCAAUUGAACAAUCUUCCGCAGAAUUUUGAAAAGAGGGAUUUAUUAGAUCUGAUCUGAUUUUGUUGUUAUCAAGUGACCGUAGAAAGACAAAAUUUCUAGGGUUUCUUCUGAUCUGAUCUGAUUUUACAUACCAGAAGAAUCCUUUUGUUUUUCUUUUAUCUUGUUGUUUGAUAAUUAAAUUGAUUGUGAUAAUUGAAGAAAUCUGGUUUUAAUUUUGAGUAUUAUCAAAUUUCCCCUAAUUUUUUACAUUUAUUCGGUGAGAAAUUUUAGGGGUUUCGUUUUUAGUACUUAAAUUUAAAUUUGUUGUCGUCCAGUUUAAUGAAUAGCGAUCAAUCAAAAACGAUCAAUCAGUCACAAAUGAUGAUGAAUCGUAGUUAUGGCGGUUGGAAUCAAAUUCCAUCACCACAACCUCCUCUUCCUGAAGAUCCGAUGAAAUUUCAUAGUUUACAAAGGCCUGGAGUCGGUGGUGCUAGUGGUUUCCCAGUUAUGAAACCACGAAGUAACUGGAAAGGGAAAAAAAGUAUGGAUAAUAAAUGGAGUGGUGGCGGUGGUGUGAGCGGAGGUUCUGGUGGUGGUGGUGGAGGUUAUAUACCUCCAACUCUUAAUGAAUUACAGUCUCAAAAUCGAUUGAAAGCUCGUAGGUUUUAUCCAAAAAAGAAGCAUAAUAGAUUUGCACCUUUUGCUCCAAGGAACACAACUUCAUUUCUAAUUAGAGCAAAAAAAUCAGGGGGAAUUGCGUCACUUGUAUCACCUUGUCCUGUAACACCUGCAGUUUUACCAACACCAAUAUUUUCACCAUCGAGAGAGGUUUUAGUUGAUAUGGCUAAAGAGGAAUGGGGUGUAGAUGGUUAUGGGUCAAUGAAAGGUUUAAUUCGUCUUAGAUCUUCUUCUUCGCCUGGCCGUGGUGGUGUUGACGACGACGAUGAAGAUGUUGAAGGUGGUGGAUCAAGUGAAAGUGAUGUUGAAGAACAUGUUGAAGUGGAAAGAAGAUUAGAUCAUGAUUUAAGCAGAUUCGAAAUGAUUUACCCUAAUUCUAGCAGUGAACUACAUCAUUCAAAUUUGUUAGAAAAUCGAGUUGAUGAUCAAGAUACGCACAUAGCUCAGCUGGAAGAAGAGAAUUUAACACUGAAAGAAAGACUUUUCUUAAUGGAGUCCGAAUUAGCUGAUUUAAGGAUGCGUUUACAGUUUUUGGAAAAUGGUGGAAAUCGUGCUGCUGUUGGUGGACAACAAGAUGAGAAUAACAACGAUGAAGCUUCUGACAACGAAGGAAUUGGAGAUGUUUGUUCUGAGAAGAGUGUUGGAGAUGGUGAUUAAACUUAGGGUUUAGGUUACUAUAAUCAUCAGUUCCACUCUCUUCGAUGAACAGCAGUUAAAACAGAAGAAAGCUUGGGAGCUCCUCUCUCUCUGUUUACAUGGCGAGCAAGAAUUUCAUAGCCACUUUUGGUAUCUGUUUCUAUCUCAUUCAUAAUCUGGAUCAAAUAAGGAUUUUUUCUUUCUUUCUGUGUUUAGAUACUGAGAUAUGGGCAAAAGCCAAACUCCUUCAUGUUGUAGGUGAAGGAAAGGGAAAAAAGAGGUCUCAUCAGGCUACUACUGUUGGAAUCCUUUCAGCUCUUGAGGUUGACAUUGCAGAAUUAGGCGUUUUCUGUAUCUUAUCAAUAUGGCCAUCAAAGUUGCGAGAGAUCGCAAUCCCAGCUCGGAUUCCAAUAUAUGACAAUAGGAGAAAUGAAAUCAGUUUUUGGCCAAAUUUUGUUGCAUACAGUUCUUAUACGGACAAUUGAACAAGAUAACAAAACCCAAAUAUUAUUUACUCUUCUUUUCCUAGUUCCUACUAAUAUAUUGCUCCAAUUAAUGAGUAAGAAGGGGUCUGCCCAUGGUGCGACUGUUAGGUGCAUGUAGAAUUGUCGUUGCACCGAGAAACAAUGGACUUUGAUUUGAUUUU